CCGCGACGUCAGUGUCUCUGGCACCGAGCGGAGUUGGUCGGGGCCAGCAGCAACGUCACUCCCUGACGCCGGCAUCAGAGCAGCACGGGCGGCCAACCGCGCAGCAGCGAGUCGCUCCGGAACUCGGCGGAGGAACACAACGUCGGACAGCGGCUCUCUCUCUCUCUCUCUCUCUCUCUCUCUCUCUCUCUCUCUUUGCUUCGGACGGCGACUUUCCGCGUCCGUGGCUCAGGCAGAAACCCCGAAGUCACUCAACGUGGAAACGCUUUUAUUUAUUUGGAGUGUCUAAGUAAUACCCCGAGACCACAAGGAACACAAGAUGGUGAUUACCAGCCUGGCACCCCUGAGAAGGACAUCACUGGCCAUGGACACGGAGGACAGAUGUUUGCAGUGAAGAGGAGCAGACUGGAGAGGAGGUAGUAACAGGUGCCGCGUGCCAAGGUGGAUUUGGGGGUGUGGAGGAGAGCUGAAGAUCAUGGGUAAAUCAAACAGCAAGCUCAAGCAAGAGGUGGUGGAGGAGUUGACAAGGAAAACCUACUUUACAGAGAAAGAGGUGCAGCAGUGGUACAAAGGCUUCAUUAAAGAUUGUCCAAGCGGGCAGCUGGAUGCUGUGGGCUUUCAGAAGAUUUAUAAGCAGUUCUUUCCUUUUGGAGAUCCCACAAAGUUUGCCUCCUUUGUCUUCAAUGUAUUUGACGAAAAUAAGGAUGGACGCAUCGAGUUCUCUGAGUUCAUCCAGGCCUUGUCUGUGACUUCCCGGGGGACUCUAGAUGAGAAGUUGAGAUGGGCUUUUAAACUAUAUGACCUUGAUAAUGAUGGCUACAUCACCCGAGAUGAGAUGUUGAACAUCGUAGAUGCCAUAUAUCAGAUGGUGGGGAACACUGUGGAGCUGCCAGAAGAAGAAAACACACCAGAAAAGCGAGUUGACCGUAUUUUUGCAAUGAUGGACAAGAAUGCAGAUGGGAAGCUGACUCUGCAGGAGUUUCAGGAGGGCUCAAAGGCAGACCCUUCUAUCGUUCAGGCACUGUCACUCUAUGAUGGACUUGUGUAAGAAUGUAAGAUUUCAGGACACCGCUUUACUGUCGUCUGUUCACUGCUGAUCAUUCUCACAACUUCUCAGAUGGAUCCAACUCAGCAUCCGUUACACGCCAAUCCAGCACCAUCACACCUGUAACGGGGGGAGGCCACAUUUAACUUGCUCACCCAGAAGUGGACUGCAAACUUUAGUCGCACGGCCGUACGGCAUCUGUGUCAAGUAGCUGUUCGUCUACAUUUCCAGUAAGGAUUGUAAACAAAUGUAUCCUCUGACGUGACGGAGAAUUCCAAACAUGUCAGCAAAAAGCCCUCAGUCAUUUAUCCGUGCUUCUACAGCUGUGUGGCACCGCGUACACACUUCAGUGUUGUGGACUGUGUACGAGCAUUUCUGCAAGCGCAGUGUUGUGAUUUCCCCAUGGACAGUCCAAGGAACUGAAUUCCCUCCGAGAUGUUAGUGUGCGUCUUGUUCACAUACUGUAAAGCAGGGGAUGCACGUGAGCCGCUCAGAGGAACUGUGCUGCUGCUUCACCAGCACAUGGAGAGACUCUUAACCCGGGAGAAUCUGGAAAAAUGUGCUAUUUAACGUGAACACUAACUUAAAAUUACAACGCAGUAUAGUGUAUAUUGUAUAAUGUAAAUAUAAUGGUAAUUUAUUUUCUGCUUUGCUGCGUUUAUGGGAAUUUUACUCAUAAGUAUGGAAUGAAGUUUUAUUUUUUAUCAAAGGUGUUGAAAUGUAUUGCACUGUAUUUUUCAUUAUUAUUGUGGGAUUGUUUUUUUUCUCACAUUCUGAAGUUUCCUUUUCCUGAGAGAACGGAGUUUUUAUUUGAAGAAGAGUGUUUAAGGAGCGGGGAGUUUUCUAUGGAUUAUUUUACUAUGUUUGCAGUCUGUGCAUCCUAUUGUGUUUUCACUUCCCUGUUAGCAAGAGCAUCUAGUGUCUGCAGUGUUGCACAGCCACAUCCUGAACGACGUGCACCGAGCGACGCAGCGAAUUCUCACAGCUUACAUCUGAACCGAGGCUCAUUAUGCCUUUUGAGGGGAUCGUGCUCCACCCUCAGCACACACAAAGCCCUGGUCAUUGAGAGGCACAAAUAGACAUCAAUUCUGGUUGUAAAGCUUUUGCGAGCUCUGUGGUUGCAAUUGUCUACUUAGUAUUUGUCCUGUGCAAGGCCAGAGCAUGUGAUGAUGCCUUUUUUUUCUCCAUUCUUGGACUGUUUUAGUUACAGCAUUAAGAUGUUUUAUCAGCUUCACUGAUUUUAUGCCUUAUGCAAAUGAUAAUUUACUAAAUGAUAAAUGUCAUUUACCUGUUGAUUAACAGUAUAAGAGCACAGAAUAAAAUGCAUUUAAGUGGCAAA